AUGUACAUGUUGGCCUUGUUUGGAAACCUGCUUAUCAUCCUGACAGUAAGCUCUGACUCCCAUCUGCACACCCCUAUGUACUUCUUCCUCUCCAACCUCUCCAUGGUUGAUAUUGGUUUUAUCUCCACUACUGUUCCAAGGGUGAUUAUGAACAUCCAGACUCGAUGCCAAGUCAUCUCCUAUGUGGGAUGCCUGACACAGAUGUCACUGUUUGUAAUUUUUUCAUGUAUGGAUGACAUGCUUCUGGCAGUGAUGGCAUAUGACAGGUUUGUGGCCAUCUGCCAUCCUCUGUAUUACCAGGUCAUUAUGAAUCCCAGUCGCUGUGGUGUCUUACUUCUAGGGUCUUAUUUGUCCAUUGUUUUCCUGUUUUAUGGAACAGGACUAGGAGUAUACUUCAGCUCUUCUCUAUCACAAUCUCCAAGAAGUAAUGCAGUUGCCACAGUGAUGUAUUCUGAGGUCACACCUAUGUUGAAUCCCUUCAUCUACAGCCUGAGGAACAAGGAUAUUAAAACCGCCUUAAGGAAAAUUCUUAGCAGGGCAUUCUAA